AUGGUCUUCCAAAUAUCUGUAGGCGAUGCCAUUCUCCUUGCACAAAUAGCAUGGCAAUUGGGCCAAACCUUCACGAAAGGGAGAUCCUCCGCCCCUACUGAGUUCAAGGAGGUCGAGAGCGAACUUUAUUCAUUGAGUGCGGCGCUUACUGCAGCUGAGAGUGAACAGAAAAGUCUGCGAUCAUCAAAUGGACUAGCAAAUGGCUCGAAUCAACUUAUGGCAAGCCAAGAUGUCUUCGAGCACAUUAUUCAAAAUUGCAAACACACACUGGCACAUUUGGAAGAAAUCGUUCAAAAAUACAUGAUCGUCACCGAGCAGACCGAUCCUCAGAAGCCAAAAUUUGAGAGAUGGAGCCAUUCAAUCAUAAAGAACUGGAGAAAGGUUGAGUGGACCACAGAAAAGGGGGAUUUGAACAUGUUGCGAAGCCAACUCAUGCUUCAUACCAAUAGCCUCAAUCUGUUCAUCAACAUUGGCACUAGCUCACGGGCGGCUUCAAUUGAACAAUCCCUAAACGAGAAAUUAGUGCUGUUAGAGGAGUUGCAUCAGUGGUACGUCAACAAUUUAAAGGAGUCCAAACCAAACCACCAAGGUGUUCCUACGCGGACAGAGAUGACAAUCGAUGCGCAGUCAGACAUUGUAUCGACAUUUGAGCUGAAGAAGAAAACAACGAGCAACGAUGAAGUAGUAUGCCCUACUGCGUCAUUCAGAAGCGAGUGGCUGGAGUCGUUUCAGGAUGAGACUUUGGAUCCCAGCUCAGGUUCAAUGUUUGUCUGCAACUGCUCAAGUCGUGACUUCGGGGCACUGCCGCACGAAGCCAAUGUUCAGAGAUACGGGCUAUCUCACCUCAUAUUUCCCCUACGUGUUGCAGGUGAUGACGGAUCGUGGAUGCUAUACAAGACGGCAGAUAAAAUCACCAACCAGCUAAUCGACCUAUACAUUCGGAGAAUCAGCCCAAAGUACCUACGCCACUUGGAAGACACUUUCUUCCGUUCGCUUUCAAGCAGACGAGGAGAGGCUAUCUUGGCUCAAGGCUCAGGGAAUAGCCUCUGCUAUAUCGCAACAGAUACCCUAGAGGAGCAUGUCUUGGAAGCAAUCAGCGACUUGAAGAUUGCUCAGACAUCAGUCGAAUCGAUCACCUUUCAUAGCGGUCGAACACAGCACGUGGAAGAAUGGGUCACUGAUAUCCAGAUCUUGCAGUACGGUGUGCGAGACGCCGCGAUUCCUAUUGAUAACAUCCAAGCCGGCGUUCUACGGUCGCUAGACUAUGCCGAGAUUUUUGUCUCAUUUGACGCCGAUGAGUGUAAAGAGCGCGAUGAUCUAGUCAGCAUGGUGCUCAAAUUGAGACGCAGCACUGUCGUGGUUCUGACGGAGAAGGCGUCUCUGGAAAUCAAGUCUAUCGACACUGUCGGCACUCACUCUGAUGAACGAACAAAAGCACAUGAUGGGUUGCAAGUCACCAUCCAAUUCACUACAAAGUCAGCAGCCAAGGAGUUUUAUGAAAAAGUCGGGUCCAUGCGGAAAGACCUGUUCGUUCGAAGUCUGCAAUAUCCCAGACCAAAUGAGAAAGUCUUGCUUAGUCUACAAGCCGCCAAAGUCGAGUGCGAGAGCUUGUACAUCGACGAUGCCGAAAUCACUAUCGUAGUAGAUACGAAUUCUAGAUAUCGGCUAAUCAUAGCCAGCAGCAACGGACGCACUAUUAUAAGCCAGCAUCUCGUCGAAGACUUCUUCACUGCUUCUCCCAACAAGCCGAAUUUCACCGGGUCGACAUACGUUGUCCAGAUCGGAGAGACGGGUGAAAGAGAGGUAUACCACUACAAGAAGGGUUUCAGGCACCUCAAUCUAAGCACCGCACAAGCGAACCGCAUGCUGGAGCUUGCCCGAAGCUCCGUCUCAUUUGACAUACGAAACAGAGAGGACUGCAGGGAGGGAGCACUAUAA